AUCAAGAGAGGGCCACGUAGGAGUCGCACAUCACUCACUCCGGCGCAAGUUAGCGACAAGCAGUGUGAGAAAAGUGAAACGGAGAAACUAAUGUGAGAGGGCGGACAUUUCCAAGAGACCUCCCCAACUGUAAGCUCAACCAAACUCACCUUCUUCCUCUUCCUUCUUCUUUUAAGUCCCCAGUCUCUCUAUAAAUCGCCGUCUCCUCCAUUUCUGCUUCGUCAAUUCUCUCUCCUCGUUUGGAUUAGUGAUGGAGUCCUCUGCCGUUCUCCGAUCCUUCAACUGUUCUGUUGGCACAGUUUCACAGAUCCACUCAUUUGUUGACAAGCCUGGUAUGCUUCCGGUGUAUAAUGCCAGAAGGCCUACCUCUAGUAGAUCAUAUUUCCAAGGAUUGAUGGUUAGUGAGAAGUUCAUUUAUUCUCCACAAAAGCGGGAGGGAGUCCUAAUAUCAUGUGUGAAGACAACAGAAGCUGCCAAGACUGAGAAUUCCAGUGUUUUGUCAGACAGUAAGCCAGAAAGCACAUCAGAGGGAUCUCCUCAAAGCACUGUGUUUCCUAGUGGAUAUGAGGCUCUGAUGCUAGAAGUCUGUGACGAGACAGAGAUUGCUGAACUGAAACUUAAGAUUGGAGACUUUGAAAUGCAUUUGAAGCGGAACAUUGGAGCCACCAAUGCUCCAGUGUCUACCAUCUCGCCAACAGUAGCACCACCUAUUCCAUCUCCACCCAUGGUUGAAUCAGCUCCUGCUCCCCCUCCAGCAUCUGCACCAAAACCUUCUCCUGCCAAAACUACUCCAUUUAAUAAUGGCGCUGUAUCCAAGUCCCCAAAAUUAGCAGCAUUGGAGGCUUCUGGAUCUAAUGGAUAUGUUCUGGUUACUUCUCCAACGGUUGGUUCGUUUCGAAGGGGCAGAACAGUGAAAGGAAAGAAGCAACCUCCUAUCUUUCAAGAGGGUGAUCUUAUCAAAGAAGGACAGGUAAUUGGGUACGUGGAUCAGUUUGGCACUGAACUUCCUGUGAAGACUGAUGUGGGUGGAGAAGUUUUGAAGCUCCUAUUCAAUGACGGAGAUGCCGUUGGUUUUGGAGACGCACUUAUUGCCGUCUUGCCAUCAUUCCCCGGAAUCCAGUGAGCUGUAUCUCUCUUCCCAGUAAAUUGUUGUUGAGGACCGGCGAGGCUUGCAGUUUUCAAGAAUCAUUCUUUCCGUCUUUCUCUAUUUACCUUAUGGCAAUUAGGGGACAGGCUAUUUUGCGAUAUGUACUUGAUAUUUCUGGUCAGGAAAAUUGACUGUAGAUCGAUCAAGGAAUAAUUCGAGCUUUUAUAAACGCCAUGUUGGACAUUGUUCUUGUUAUUAGUCGAUACACUGUAGAUGUGUUGCAUAUGGAGGGAAACAAUUUGUAACAUCUUUUUGGUCAUUCAUAAUACAUUUUUAAGAAAAGUGAAUUCUUCCUAGAUUCACAA